AUGUCCAAGAGACAAAGAAGAAGCCUCCAACAUUGGAAUUCCAUAGCCGACCGCGGUGAAUACACAGAUCUAAAAUCACUCAGAGCCCGCGCCGUCAAGAGCAUCUUUAUCAUCAAGGAGGAAGCUUGGGGCCAACCAAAGGCCUUGACGUGGACUUCACUGAGUUCGGCUCAAUUGGUCUUUAGGACUCAAGGGAUCACUAUCAGGCCACCCACUCCAUCGGCUCCGAGUCUGCCGGGCCAGUCCCCCACCUUCCAGCUGGCAGAUUGCGAUUCUGCUACCUCGUCAUGA